CAAUGUGCUUUCAUACAUACAGUGUGGAAAAACCUCCAUGCACAGAUAUUUGUAUUAUAGUAUAUUUAUGUAUGAUACAGAGUUUUGAACAGAAUUUGAAUACGUUUGACAAAGUUACAAUAUUUGAAUAACUAAUGAUUAAUGAAUCAUUAGACAUGCUUUGUAAGCGAAGCUUGAAAAUCUGGCUGUCGCUAGUAUAUUGCAUUAAUUAAAUUCUUGUUAAUGUGGACGACAUAUCCUCUAUAGUUAUCGAAAUAAUAUAUAUCACAUCAAGUGUUUCAUGAUGGAAAGUGAUGCGGAUUGCAGCAUAAUAAAAGCUGAAAAUGGCAAAGAAAUAAAAUUUUCUGAAGCAACUACAGAGUUCAAAUCAGGCGUAAAAAUUUACACUUGGCGUUUGCAACCGGCAGAUGUUAAAAUAAGGGGGAUAAUAUUUAUUGCACAUGGAUAUGCUGAACAUUCUCGACGCUACAAUAAGUUUGCAAAAUGUUUGUGCUCAGAGUUGGAUUUACUAGUUGUGAGCCAUGAUCAUGUUGGUCAUGGGAGAUCAGGAGGUGAACGGACAAUGAUUCAGACAUUUGAUACCUUCGUUUGUGAUAUAUUCGCACAUCUUGAUGAAGUAAAAAGAUUACAUCCAGACCUUCCUAUGUAUUUAUUUGGACAUUCAAUGGGUGGAACAAUAGCAAUCUUAUCAGCAUGCAGCAAGCCAGACUAUUUCAAAGCAGUUGUUCUUAGUGCUCCUGCUAUAAUCAUUGAUCCUACUGUUCGUCCUGGGGCAAUGACGGUGUUUUUUGGCAGGAUGAUGAAUCGUCUUUUUCCCAGAAUGGAGAUCAUUCCUCCGCUCGACCCCAAUCUGAUAUCUUCCGACCCAGAUCAAGUUGAAUCCUAUCGCACAGAUCCCCUAAUAAGCCAUGGUGGCAUGAAACUGAGAUUUGCUACUGUGUUUGGCGAUGCCAUAGACGAGAUUAAAAAGCGAAUUCCAUCAAUUGAUUGGCCUUUUUUGGUACUGCACGGUGAAGAUGAUAAAAUAACAUACAUAGGUGGUUCCGACUUACUUGGGAAAGAGGCAAAAAGUGAAGAUAAGGAAAGCAAGACAUACAAAGGAUUGAGACACGAAAUGUUGAACGAAGUGAAAGAGGAGGCUGAAAAAGUUAUGGCGGACAUUGUGGAAUGGUUAAGAAAAAGAAUCGCAACUUAACAAUGCUAGACAUUUCUAUGAAUCACCGUAGCUACAUAUGAGAGUUGUAUUCACAGACAAUCAGGGUCAACAUCAAACGGACUUGUAAGAUAAAUACGUUGUCAUUUACCGUAUCAUAAAUUGAGCUAAAAACCUAUCAUUUUGUAGUUUGUACCUAUCCAAGUAAUGUUAUAAAGGUUACAAAAAUGAUGACCUAUUUUGUGAGUGCAAAAAAUAAAAAAGUCGUUUUCAUAAACACCCAAUUUUCGAUACAGCACUGAAUGAUCUCCACUUAAUCAAAAGCAACAAACUGACAGUCGCAAAUG